ACUGCAAAUGCCAACAGGCUGCGCACACAUGUAAAUAUUAUUUUUGGUGCCUCUGCGGUAGUUCACAGAUAAACUGAGGAAGCCGCGCCGAAAUCAAUGCUAGAAUGUUUAAAUGUUGGCAUCACCCCCGAAACCUCCGUGCUCGCUCCAAGAGGCGCUAACAUUUGCUUUUUUCAUCCCUCUAACCUUUAUUGGAUAUAUCUGCAAUCGCGCUGGAAAAUGGGGGAGAAUCAUGCAGUUCGUGAUGUCUAAAGGGCUCUUUAUAGACUCACUCAUCUAUGGCGAUGAAAGUAAGCUGAUAACCAAUUUAUGACGAAACGAUGGCUAAGUUAUACGAUUGGAUUUCAAUGCCAAUUUCGUUCAGCUCAUGUUGAUGCCCUAAAUAUCCCAAAUUGUUACCGUCGAGCGGGCAACAACAACGAAAUAUUAAAUUGAUUUUUUUUUUAUUUUGCUCCAGGUUUUCGUGAGCUUAAAUAUCCGCUGUAUAUGCUGACCCUAGAUGUUAAUUUCUUCUGAAGUGGAGCACGGCUGUCAUCGAAAGUUUCGUCUAUGAAUCAAUGACCUGUCAAAUGUUAGCAAAACUAUACAUGCACGGUGUCAUUUACCGUCAUCAGUUCUCUUUCUGCCUUAAUUUAAGCGGAUCAGCCGUAUGCUUUACGAAUGAGAUCGCAUAUUACCAUGUGCGCCUGCUACAAGGCAUACCAAAGCUUUGUGAAACUUGCUCACUUUGUCGAUGUUAUGUUUGUGCUCAUCGAGAAUAUUGUUUUUGGUGCUAGACACCGCUGGCUGCUGUUUGAUACUCUGCAGCUAGGAACGACAUUUUUUUUGCUGCGGAAUGAGAACAAUUUCUUACAGGCUUGUUUCGUAGUUUUGAUCUUUUAUUGCGUGGCGUAGUACAAGAUGGUCCUCUUUUCUCGUUACAAUUUUAUUGUUCAAGCCAUUUGAAAGAUUUUUGCGGAGCCCAAGUCAGCAUGGCACUGCCAUCAUGAACAGUCGCGUUGCUAGCAGGCUUUACUUUGCAGCCAAUUUAUUUUGUUGAUAACUUGUCUGAGUGGUUUGGCUUGUCAAGGGUAAUUGCGCUAGAAUAGAGCGUCGCGAAUAGUAAACUAUUCUCAGUUGCUGGUCUUUUAAGGAGGUGCUUUUCAGUUUUUCUGAAGCUCAUAUGGGGAUAGAAUGAAUACAUUAGUCUUUUCUUUCUCGAAGUACGAGUUGGCCCGAGGAGAACUUGUGCUCGUACAUUUAAAGUUUGCAUAUUUAUCAUGCAAGCCAUGGAUCUGCGUCUUUCAGUGCCUCAUUUAAUAUUAACCAUUGGCUUAACGAUUCCAUAGAAACAAGUUGAUCUGACUAUGUUCAUCACCUACGAAACUUGUCAAUCUCAAUUUAUCACUUCACACUAAAUCAAGGUAGACUCUUCUCGCAAAAACAGUUUUUAUACGUGUUCGAGUUAUACAGCGGCAUCAUACUCCGCACUUUUGGGAGCUCGAACACUGGACCAACAGUGAUGAUGGUCUAAGCUCUCAAUCCCUGGUAGAUCUGCAAGUAGAAAUUCUGGUAGCCACUACCACUGAUCGCAAAGAUCUGACUUCCUGCAAGGCUCUUAUUCCAGAACUAUGAGUACCACGUAAAAUGGAGAAAGGGGGUCGUGCUCGAUCCUAACUUGGUUAGGUAUGACAUGCACCAGUUUCUCGGUGGUGCGUGAUUUCUCGACGAGACUAUCCGCUUUCUCAAUAUGUCGAGGGGUGACAUCACUAUGUUAACCAGCAUGCUUGUCAAGCCUUUUCGUUUGAUUUCAUUGAGCAUUUGAAAUCUGACAAUCGUCACGCUGAACUGGUUUAGAAUUCAGACCAAGAAAUGCUUAAGUCAAGAAUGUUCCUGGGUUUGCUCGUGGCUUUAUAUCUUGCGCGCGAACGUGCUUUACGUCCUUUGGAUUGCUCAUCACCAUCAUUUCUAUAGAGCACAUUACCGAUUCUAUUAUCAUGUUGUUAAAGGAUUUAAGAUAUCAGGAAUUCACUACGAGAUUGAGUCAGACAGCUGUCAUUAAAAUUGAUCAUCUAUAUAAUUUCUUAGAGAACUGAUUUUUGAUUCUGUGGUAUGUUUGAUGUUUAACAUCUAGGUAGAGGUCAAAGAAAUUGGGUAUGAUGACGGGCAAUAGCUGUUGCCGCCGGUUUUUACUUCAAAGCUGUAUUGAGAACAGAUGUAAUCUACACAGUAUCGAUUUAGCGUCUGUGACGGUUUGUGAAAUAAAGGAAAUGAGUGGGAUCCACUAGGAUGACAAUCUCAAGUGCUACGUAACUCGCAGAAGAGCUUCUAUGCCUCAUGACAGGCUUCGUUUGGCGCAAUCGUAGACUGUUUAUCUCGAAGCUGACAAAGAGAAGUCUUUUUCGACCGCAUCUAUAUCAUACGUAAAAUAUAGCCGCACAAUGUCGAGAAUUGGAUUGUCACAUCGUAGAAUACUCAUAUGAUAAUCCAGACUAAUAUUCACAC